AUGGCCGAACAUGAGUUAAAACUGAAAAACAUGGAGGAAGACUUUUCGCGAACGAGAGAACUUCAGCGAGAGAAGCACCGGAAAGAAGUCAAGGGAUUGCAGUCUAAGCUGAAGGAGCAACAACUGAAACACCUGACUCAUUUAAAUAUUUAUCAGAAAAGGGUGUGCUUGAAUUUCGAACGAAAACUUCAAGAGUCUCAACGAAAGGGUACACAGCUGGAAGAGUCACUGGAGUUGCUGGCUCAAGAGCUUCGUUCGAGAGAGAGGCAAAAGGUUGCUGACAUCGAAUCAUUAAACCGAGAACUUGAGGAUGCGAAACUUGCGGAGAAGAAUGCUGAAGCGGCAGCUUUGCAAAGCUAUUUGGCCAAGCUUGAACAGAAGGAGAAGGAAUUCCAUCAGAACGUGGAAGACGAACAUGAAAGAGCUGAAUGCGCGAUUCAAAAGUUGAACGAGAUGCAUGCUAUCGCUAUAGAAGUUGCUCUCCAUAACCACCAGAUGGAGCGUGACGCUCUUAAAAACGCGUUUGAGGAAACUAAGGCACAAGAAAUUCGAGUGGCAGCUGAGAAAUAUCAGAAACAAAUAGAGAAGACUGAGGCUGAGUUUGAAGAGGAGCGCAGAAGGUUCAGGCGUGAACAGGAUGAAACACGAGUUUUAGUUGUUCAGCAACAAAAUGCUUUAGUAAUGGCUCAUCAGCACGCUCUUGAGGCUCAAAUGAAAAAGGCAGAGGUUGAGGUGACUCAACUCAAAGAAACUCAUGCGAGGGAGAUGGCUAUUGCUGUGUCUCGGUCCACUGAAAAGGUAGUCUUGGAAUCUCUGACCUUGCAUGAAGACCACAAGAAGCGGCUAGAACGUCUUUCUGAAGUCCAUAGAUCAGAGACGCAAAAACUGAACGAGAUCCACGCAAAGGAAACAGAGAAGACUAAAUCCCAUAACUCUCACUUGAUGCACCAUAUCACCGAGCUGGAAAACAUGAUCACUCUUAAGGAGAAAAAACUGAAAGAUUUAAGCGAUAACAGCCGUGAGAUUGAAAUAAAGAGCGAAUCUGCUUUGAAGGAGUUGAGGCUCAGCCAUGAGAAAGCGUAA